GCAGAUGGCAGACACCAACACUGGGUGGAUACUCUAGAGGACAAGAAUUUUUUUACUGUUAUUUUUACGAUCGGUUUCGUUAGUUUGUAAAUUAGUUUUUUCAGUGCGAGUUGGAAUAGUGCUUUGGUUACAGUUGUGGAUUUUGUGGAGUGUUACAAUGUUGAAAAAUACUGGAAAACUUGCUGGCAAAACCUUAUUCAUUACUGGAGCAUCUAGAGGAAUUGGCAAGAGUAUAGCUUUGAAAGCAGCUCAAGAUGGAGCCAACAUUGUCAUAUGUGCCAAGACUGCUGAACCCCAUCCAAAAUUGCCAGGCACUAUUUACACAGCAGCGAAAGAAGUGGAAGAAGCAGGAGGAAAGGCCCUGGCGUGCACAGUAGAUGUGCGUGACGAAGCCCAAGUGAAUUUAGCUGUGUCUCAAGCAGUUAAAAAAUUCGGUGGAAUCGACAUAGUUGUUAAUAAUGCAAGUGCAAUUUCCCUCACACCAACGCUCACAACGGAAAUGAAAAAAUAUGAUCUCAUGAACCAAAUCAACGCUAGGGGAACAUUCCUUGUAUCAAAAGCAUGUCUGCCCCAUUUGUUGAAGAGUGAGAACCCACACAUCAUUAAUCUCAGUCCACCCUUGAAUUUAAAUCCACAAUGGUUUAAAAAUCAUCUCGCAUAUACGAUGGCAAAAUAUGGAAUGUCAUUCUGCGUUUUGGGGAUGGCCGAGGAAUUUAAAGACGACGGAGUAGCUGUCAAUGCUCUCUGGCCGAGGACAGCUAUUCACACGGCUGCUAUCGAGAUGUUGAGUGGGGAGGACAGUAAGAAUUACAGCAGAAAGCCGGAAAUUCUAGCUGAUGCAGCUUACGCUAUUAUCACUAAGGACAGCCGAAAAUGCACUGGAAAGUUUUUGAUUGAUGACGAGGUACUGAAGGAGGAGGGGAUCACCGAUUUGACCCCCUAUGCCUGCAAUCCAGAACACAAAGACGAAUUGAUGUUGGACUUUUUCUUGGAUAUUGAGGACUCCGAAAAAUAUAUAAAAUUACAAUCUGAGCAAAAACCAAGUGGUAAUCGGAGUGUCGAAGUUCUCUUCAAGGCAAUUGAGGCCAACAUAUCUCCAGAACUCGUGAAGAAAGUCGGUGCUAUCUACCAGUUCAACAUGACAGGGGCAGAGAAGGGCACGUGGUUCCUGGAUCUGAAGAACGGUAAUGGGGGAUUUGGAAGAGGGACUCCAACCAAUCCAGCUGAUGCUACCCUCACUAUGGAGUCGACAAAUUUCUUUGAUAUGUUUACUGGUAAAUUAAAACCAGCUACUGCAUUUCUCAUGGGAAAAUUGAAAAUUGAUGGUAAUCUGCAAACUGCAAUGAAACUUGAGAAACUCAUGACAAGUCUGAAAGCUAAACUGUAAUUGAAAAUAUGAUGACAUGGUGCAAUGCUUUUAAAAAUGUUAAAAUGGUUCCAUUUUAUUUUCUACAACUUAUAACAUAUUGUCAAAGUUCUCCAUAAAAUUUUUAUAUUUGUAAUUUUUUGUAGACUAAAUUUGAUCAAUAAAAUUCCGUUUUAUAUUA